AUGAGCAAUCACCACUCAUCUCCGCAGAUUACCAUUGCCGCUCUAACCAAUAACCAAGCUGAAGAAGACCACAAUAGACCACCACAGGAUGCAGAGGCAGAUGCAGAGUUGGCAUCGGAGAGUGCUGCUAAAAACGAAACAGGUCAACACUCGUCUGCAAGCAGUUCAGCGCGUCAAAAGAGGACCUCUUUGGCGUGUAUAAGGUGUCGGACGCGGCAUAUACGAUGUCCCGGUGGAGAACCGUGCAAAAAGUGCCAUUUGGCUCGGACAAAAUGUGAAUACAUUGAAGCAGAUAAGAAGAUUGUUGUGUCUAUGAAGUACCUUUCAAAGCUACAUGAUGAUAUAGCGAGACUCAAAAAGGAAAAUGCCUCGCUUCGCAUCGACUUGAAAGAGCUGGAACAGAAACGACUUGCAAGUUCGCCUCCAAAGUACCAGCAGCAGCAACAGGAUGCCAAGCAUCAAUUUCUGAUGAGCCACCCGAUACAAGCCACGGGAGGCUCAAAAAUUGGACUCAACCAUUUGGGCUCGGCCUCCUCCAGUGGCCAUCCUAAUUAUCACGGAACUAAUGCUAAUGCUCAGAACGGAGUCGAAGUUAUAAAUCCUUCGUUGGACAAACACGGACGGCUAAUACAAUCUAAAACGGGCGAGAAGGUCUACGUGGGCAGUUCGUCGAUGACUCUUUUUGGAUUAGAGAUUCAAAAUUUAGUACCGUCGUAUGUCUCGAGUGGGUUGUUUCCCAACAACUCCAUCGAGGAGACAUCGCCUGCAGCUUCGUUGAACUUGCUAAAUGGUGCCUCGCCUAAAGGUUCUCGACAUUCACUGCAUUCGGCGUCCACGCGCGAGAGCAAGAUCUUGGAAUCCGAGGGCAACGCAUACAAGGUGACGCUUUCGAAAACCAACACCAGACCAGGGUUGUCGAUCAAUUUCUCCUUGCCCUCCUAUUCGUACGCAAUGUUGUUGGUGGACACGUUUGUCAACUACAAUGACGGCUGUUUUUAUUUUUUCAACGAAGGCUUGGUUAAACAAUUCUUGACCAACAUUUACUCGGGAAAGAUGGAAGAAAAUAAAAAAAUUUUAAGAAGAAACAUGCUUCGUGAACAGCACUACAACUCUCAAGAAAACUGCAUCAAGAGGGACUCUGAUGACGAUACGAUUUUGGAAACUAUUUGGUUCAGCAAAGUGCUUUUAAUCUUUUCGAUUGGUGAAAUGUAUUUGGGGACUGAAUCGGAUACACAUGUAAAAAAGCAGAGGCAGGAUAUGAAGAAAAGGGCCAAGGAACAAAUGCAAAAUAACACCCUACCUGGUGCUGGAUUUUUCUUCCAAGCUUCAGAAUUGUUUACUGGAUUGUUUGCAUCUGGUGCUAUCGACAAUAUAACCAAAGACGGAGGUAUCGAAGCAAUGUUGCUCUAUGCAUUCUAUUUGCAAGUGGCAGAUUGUACAAUUGCAUCUUAUUUCUACUUUGGAUUGGCUCUUCGAGCUGCCUUGAUCUUGGGGUGGCACGUUGACGCGGACCAGGAGAACCUUGAUAGGUCUGAGCUUGAGCAUAGGAGAAGAAUCUGGUGGACCGUGUACAUGUACGAACGAAUGCUUUCGUCCAAGGCCGGCCUACCGUUGAGUUUUGCCGAUGACUCUGUCUCAACUGCACUACCGGGCGAUUUCAAACCUGACUUGUCCGAUUUCCCCAGGAACGAGGCCGACGUUAGAAGCUACUAUAUUUUCCCACCUGCCGAUUAUAUCAAUAAUUGCGUCACCAUCACCCAAAUCAACGCGUUGAUUCUCUCGUCAUUGUACACCAAACAGCCAAGAUUCAACAUCUUGCCGAUUGUCUCGGAUUUAGUGCAGCGUUUGAUUUCGUGGAAAAGCUCACUUCCAGAGUACUUGGAUGUGGAUUACUCGGUCGAUGAACCGAAAAUCUCGCGGCUCAUUGUCAAUUUGAUGACUGAAUAUUUCCAAGGUAUAAACUUGGCAGUGCGUCCGUUGUUGUUCCACUUUGCCAGCAAAAAGCUCAAGGAAUUGCAGACCCAGAAUCAAGAAAACAAGUACAUUGACUUGACCAAGUACUCCAAGAAUGUGCUAAGCUUGCUAAAUGCUUCAUUCCAGGCCUCCAUCAACACCGUCAAAAGCAUAUGGUCGUUGCUUCCUGAAAACAUGGUUGCAUUGUUUGGUUGGAUGGAUCGCGAGUAUUUGUUCACUUCAGCAUCGACUUUGAUCUUGUUCAAUGCCUCCUUUGGUGUCCAUGAAGCAACCAAAAACCAUCUUGACCACGCGCUAGUACUAUUCACAAAAAUGAAGCGGCUUGGAAACUACCCCGCGGCGUUAAGAAGAGCUCAAUUGAUCAAACUUAUAUGUGUGCUCGACUUUAAUGGCGUAAUGAGCGAUAUCCUCGAGAAACACGACGACGAAUUCAGGAGACCCUCGGAGCCGGCAAUUGUGGAAGAGGCACCCGUGAAAAAGGACACCGAGUACCCAACAACAGCUCACACCCCGCCAAACGACUUGGACCUUUUGCAAUUUGCCAGCGGCUUCCAAAACCAUGCUGGAGCAGAAGCAUACUCGGCGGAUCUAGAUUUGCAAGGGAUCGAGGAUUUCCCUAUUUUGGACGAGGAGCAAAAUUUGUGGAACGAAAUCACCCAUGAAGCGGGCUGGCUUCAUGUGCACUCGACUGAGCAGCCUGAAAACCAGAAUGCAGCAUACAACGACGUGCUCAAGGAUUUUGCUUAUCCGGGUCUGUAA